ACUCACUGACUUCUUCACCAGCAUCAUCAACAUCAUGAAGGUGGUUCUCGCUCUGACUCUGGUGGCCGCCGCUAUGGCUGCCCCGUCCAGACGUGGCUACGGCUUCUCCCCAGCCCCCGUCCCUGCCCCUGCCCCGUCCUACAGACCAGCCCCGUCCUAUAGGCCAACUUAUGGUCCUGCUCAGUACAGCUUCGACUGGGCUGUGAAUGACGCUCCCUCCGGUAACGACUACGGCCACGAGGAGACUCGUAACGGUGACAACACCCAGGGGUCGUACUACGUGCAGCUUCCCGACGGUCGUCUGCAGCGGGUGACCUACACUGUCAAUGGCGGCUCUGGGUACGUGGCCGAGGUCACCUACCAGGGCGAGGCUCAGUAUCCAUCCUACAGGCCAGCCCCAUCCUACAACCCAGCCCCAGUGUAUGGUUAAAACAUGACCAUUGUGAUUUAAUUAUUAUGUAAUUUAUCAAUAAAUCUCUACAAAAAUUA